AAAUGCUGCUAGACCCUUUAAUCUAGCGGGGCGAUCUCCCAGCUCUCUGCUAGUGACUGUGUUAAAGCCGACCUAGGUAGACAACCUUUUAUAUCGUAUCUCCUCUACUGCGACAGUCGGGCGCCGCGCGGAGUGCUCCGCUAAUAAGCUUAAAAGUCAGUAACUUUCUGCCUACGUCAUCACGCCGAGGCAGGCAGGCAGGCUGGUUAAGCUGUAGUAGUACGAGGCGCAUUGGGCUUUACACACAUUAACACACAGAGAGCUCUUCGCGUACACAGCACUUUAAACAGCGUGUGGACUUGACGCUCUAGCUCUCUUUCUCUACAUAUAUAUUGGUAUUAAUAUUUAUAUACCAGUGUGUGGGGAACAGUGACGACGAGACAUGGUUUGAUGCCGAGUUGUAGGAUUUUAACCAGUGGAUUUUAACUAAGAACACAUUAGGUGGACUUAAAGCAGGAGAGAGGGACUCGUCAAAGGGCAGCUGGUCUGUCCCCUGUCACCUACAGCCAUGGAGGUUCACAUACUACUCAUACUGCUUACUAUCUGGGUCACGAAAACGCAAGGUGAAGUGCGGUGCUACUGCAAUGAACCCCAUUGUAUAGCUACGGGCUACAUGUGCAAGUCCAGGGGGCAGUGCUUCACGCAGCUGAUGUUUGACACGACGCUCUCGCGCUCCGUUCACGGAUGCAUGGAGAGUUUGUCGCAGUCAGCAAGCGCCGUCUGUGAUCGGCCAAGGGACGUUGCAAGGGCGCAAAACCCAGCCACCCAAAACCCAGAUAUGCCAAUUAUCAUGUGCUGUAAAGAGGAUAUGUGCAACUACAUGGACAGUUUGGACAUCAGCAUUCUCGUCAGUACGAGAACUAACGAGACAACUUACAAGCAAGAAGCAAAGCAAGACCAAAGAGACGGCAGUUCGUUACUUUUUCCUUCGGAGGAGAAAGCUCACGAAAAGUCCAACCACCCUUCCAUAGAGAGAGAACUCUGGUUUAAAGCCGCGGUUAUAGCCGUGCCAAUAGCUGGCGGAUUUAUUCUUAUAAUGCUCGUACUUCUUGCAGUGCGCAUGCUCAAACACGACGCUAGCCGAUUACGUCACCGGAAGUUGCGUCAUCAUCACAAAACUUUGACAAAAGCUCAACUCUACGUCGCAGAUCACUUCUACGACCAUGGGAAUAAAAAUGCUCAUUUCAACAACGCCAUGUUAGGAAAGCAAAACAAAAUAUACAAAGAUGUUCAUAUAAAAAUUGAUCCCGAAAAGACAGAUUAUGAGAAAUUAAAAGGGAGCGGGAGUGGAAGCGACUCUGACGCUCGAAGCUCUAUCGUGAUAUGGGGCGCGCAGCCCCAGAGCACAGAGAAUUUAACUGUUGUAUAGCUGUAAAUAUGAACUUGUACAUUGGUGUAAAUAAUUCUGUAUGAAACCUGUUUCAAAAGACGUUGUAUGUUGUUAAAAAACGAGUACCGUGUCCUCGUUUUGUGUAUUUAUGAGUAAAGAUAUGAUCUAUUUAUUAUUGCCAAUAAAAACAGAUCUUACUGUUUAAUUUAAACUUGAAA